AUGCUCAUCCGGCUCAAACUUCCCAGGAAACCCGAUGUGAUUAAUGAAUAUGAGGCCACCAUUGAGUUUGGUUUGCCAGGUGCUACAGAUAAAACAACUGUCAGUCAGAGAAGUGCGUCCAUGAAAGCUCAGACGGAGAGGCGCUCAUCAAUGCACUGGCACACUGGAUCCAAGAAUAGCCCGUUGGGAUGUCGGGGGAUCCCGCGUUGUUUCCUCCCGCCGGCCCUUCUUGGGCACCCAGUGACCACGUCGGCGGGCAGUGGACAGCGACUGAGCACUGGAGCAGCACUACACCGCAUAGGUGUGCCCUUCUCUACCACCACCUCACCCCCAUCAGCCCAGCGCUCCUUUUUUUUUCCUCUUUUCCCUUCCAACCCUCCCCUUCGGACGCUAUACCUCGACGACGCCGACGACGAAGCCGACGACGUACGUCUUGCUGGUAGGGGAACUAUCCGAAUCCGCGACUCCCACGAUCGCAUUCGCCCCGCGAUUCGAAUACACGAAACCGCUCGAUUUCUGCGACUCGUCGCUCCCCCCGGCCCAUACAUACCUAGUACUCCAUCACCAAAUCCGACCAACCACCAACCACCAUCAUCUCGGCCUUCAACGAUCUUACACACCCACACAUCCAGAACAAGUCCUUCUAGUGACUCGAGCUCGGAAAAGCCAAACCUCGCUCUUCCAGCGCAGAACAUCCGACGACGUAUGAUGGCAACUGAAGCCACCCUCGCCGCCCCCGUUGAUGCUUCUGUCCAUUCUGACCCCAAGCUCGUGAGUUCCCUCUUUUCCCCUCCUCCCCAGCAGCCCCAGCCUCACACCGCUGGCGCCCUGCCCCAUCGCCGGACGAUCCCCGCGAUCCUUUCGGAACCCUCCGCCGAACAGACUAACGACGCUGACAUCGACUCCCAUAAUGUCGGUCCAAAUCGCGCGAAACUGAACGGUAGUCCCGCCGUCGAUGACUUAGAGAAUAAGCACAUCACCGGUGUCGAAGAUCAACUCAAUUCAGCAGAUGUUAGUGUUAGUGGAGGGUCGGAUACGGAGGCAUCACGGGCGGCUCGAGAUGGAGAAAAGGGACACGGCAGGACGUCGUCGGCCGUCAAGAAGCCCGCAACCUUCAAGGCUGUCUCGGUCAACAAGACCUUCCUAGCAUCAAAGGGCCCUACCAUUUCCUCGGCGACCAAACCCGGCGAAAAGACGAAUUCGACCUCGAUCCUGAGCUCCUCGCCAUCAGGAACCUCGACUCUGUCUUCACGGCCGAGGCUAGUCGCAAAGUCGGGCACUGGCACAGGUUCUUCGCCGGGACUCAAAGCGGCUGCCAACGGCGCCAAGCCUGCCGCCGGCCCUGACCCCAGCGCAGUAUGGAACAAGAAUCGACCUGUCCCUACCCCGGAACCCAAAAAGCUUACGGAUGAAGAACUUAAGAAGUAUGGUAUCCAUAUGGCAAGCCGUCUUGCCCCCGAAAGCGGACAGUCGGCACAGGGAAAUUGGGCAGAUAUAGAAGACGACGACGACGACUGGGCGCCCGAGACCAUCACCUGGACCGAUGGUACCAAGACCACCCUCCCGCAUCCCGACGAAGUACCUGCGCCGCCGCCGCCGCCCGAGCCGACUCCUGCGCCACCCAAAGAGAAGGUCUUGGAGAAACCGAAAUCUCCUGUACCACCGCCUCGAACCACCGCUUCGCCCUCGAUUAAGACUGGCGGGCUUGCAUCUGGCAAAGGGCUCAUCCUCAAGGCUGGGUCUGCCGAAAAGCCCACGCUCGUCGCCAAACCACCUGCACCCCCGACGCCAGUGAAAUCGCCCUGGGCACCUCUGCCCCCCGUCGAGAAGGCUCCUCCGCCAGUCAUCGCCGGGCCGCCUGCUCCUCAGCAAGGCGCGAGAUACCCCCCGAGAGACCACGCGACUAAUAAUAACGUUCCGCCCUACCAUGCCAAGGAGAUUGCUGCUGAUGACUUCAACCGAUCAGCUUGGAGAGAAGGCGGUCCUCCGGGCGGAAACCGAGAACUGUUUAACUCGCAAUCUGGGCGAUAUGAGCCGGUCCCGGCCGAUCGAAGAGGCUCCUUCCGAUCUGACGUCCAUCCUAGGCAGCCGGCAGUGUUACAACGCCCGUCCCAAUCCGAUCAUCCGGAGCCCUCUGCCGCUUUCCAAACCAGCAGGAACUCUGUGCCCGACGGUCCCAUGGGUAGGCGCCGUGGAUCUUCUGUUGCUAGCGGUGGUAGCGGAUCUUACUUGCAACGGCCAGGCAAGGGACAUGAGCUUCCGGGUCCUCCCCAGGACCUGCUGAGUGCUCGUAGGGGCUCCAUGGCUGGCUCGGUUGAAAGUCCCAUGUCCCCGCGGAACUUUUCGCCUUCGGGCUUACAACAUGGUCCUCGGAUGCACGGCAACCAGCAGUGGCAACCUCGACCAUCCCCCGGAACCAACCAUGCCACCCUACACUCAGCUGGCCCUCAGACAGACGGAAGACCAGCCCCACCGCCACCGAUGGCGCGAUUGGAGGAGGAUCUCGAGAUGCAGAAGAAGGUCAUGCGUGAGAAACGCGAAUUGGCAAUGCAGAGGCGACGCGAAGAGGAGGCUCGUGAGGAAGCUGCGAGGAAAGCGCGCAUUGCGGCGAAGUUGGAAGCCAUGGGGCCAGCCCCAGAACGCAAAAGUGACAAGAAGGAGGCUUCACCAGAGAGUUCCAACGCGGCCCCAGCACAGGCGCAAUCUCGACAAGACGGUUCCACUGCCCAGGAAGCCGGUUCACAGCCGCCUGCCGCGGGUCCCGAUACAUCGGCUGCCCCUUCAACUCCCGCCAACGCCAAGGACAAGCCUUACGGCGAAAGACGCGUCACCGCAGGCGGAGAGCAUGCGAGACGACCAAGUGGCUCGGAGGCAAGGCAGCCCAACUCAUGGGUUGCACCUACGCCUCAACAAGAGCGGCUUCCGACUUGGGGCGCGGCUGCGGCUGGCCCUCAGGCUCCUCGUAACGUCUGGGGAUCGCCUAACAAUGAUCGCGGACUGGGCAACGGCACCUUCAAUACUGACUUGGGCCGUUUGCCAGAGCCUCAAGCAGCAGGAAAGGGCCCAGCACCCAUCGCACCACCCAGCGCGCAGCGAGCGCAGGUUCAGAUUCCACCGGUCACCCAGGCUCGUCCUACUACGGGUAAUGCUCGCGAAGUGAACGAGAUGAGAAAUAGAUGGGCUCACUCGGUUCUGGAAGGCGACAAGAUAGUACUCGACGAGAAGAGAUCGCAGCGCCUCGAGCGUGAUCGGAGCCUGGUGGAGCGCGGGCUCACUAUUGAACAAGCUCAAGCCACGAUCAAAGACACUUGGCGCCCAUCUGGAGAUGGAAGACGCGAUCCUGCACACGUUAUUCACCACGAUGUUCGCGCUGCUGGGUCUGUCGACCACUCAUCUGUGCUACCUCCCACAGGACCAUCGGCCGCCACUCAAUCUCGAAGCUCCUCUAGAUUCUUCCCUCCCAGGGACAACAGACAUGAUUCCACAGCUUCUCAUGCGGAACCAUCGAGGCCUAACUCGCCUUCCCCGCCGCCCCCGGAUAUGCUUGGCCACCCGGCCUUCGAUGGAGACGCCAUGCACCCUCACGUAUCUCUCCCCCGACCGCAUCCCGUUGUCAAGUUACCACCUUCAGCUGCGGCGGCGCAGUCAGCGGCACCCAGAUCUACUGGGCCGUUUGCUUGGGCAACCCCAGCCGGUUACAAAGAUGGUCCAGGAACUCAUGGGCGCGGACCUCACCAGCAGAACCACGUGUCCCAGCGGUCGCAAGAUUCAGCAGGAAACGAGAAUUGGCAAGAUAGGAUCAACAACCUGCUCACGGGUCGAAAGCCAAACUCUCCGCCAAAGGCACCUGGUGUCGAGCCUGUCACUAAAAGUGCUCUCGACUACUCUGGUCACUACAAUCCGGCUACCGUCUCUCUACCUCGCUCAGCCACCCAGAACGUAUCAGACGAUGUGAAGUCUUUCACUACAAAGCCGCCGGCAGAGGAAUGCUUCGAGGAGCAGGAAAUGGGGUCGCUUCCACGCAUUCAUUUACCCCAUAAGACUCCGGAGGCUGCUUGGCAACCUGCUGCCGCCCCGAUUAAGCCUCUGCCGAGGCGUUUCUGGGUUUCCGAUGUCGAAACUGUUCGUUCCCUGUGGUUCCCCCAUGAGAUGUCUACUAGCGGCAGCGUUUAUCGCAUUCUUCUUCCCGGUAUGGCGGGCGUGGUGGUGGGCAGCGAGGAUCGGGCCCGAAUCAUCGUGGCGGCAAGGGACGGGAGCCUUCGUAUUCCGGUGAAGGAAGCAGUACGACACCUCCCCCCAGCCGAGGAGGCCGCGGUGGCUACCGCGGACGCGGGUCCGAGAACUGGUCCCGCAGGACUACGCCCACGCAGGCAGCCUAAGAGCUCCGGCAGUAUCAACGGCCGACGAACACCGCACAAAUAUUGUUCCGCAUGCUGCUACUGUGGCAUGCCCGAACUGCUCCGCCACGAGCGGUAG